AUGCGAGAUCUAAAAACAUAUCUUUCCGUGGCACCGGUACUAAGUACUCUAUGGUUCGGUGCUUUGGCAGGUUUAUUGAUAGAGAUUAAUCGUUUUUUCCCGGAUGCAUUGACGUUCCCCUUUUUCUAG